ACUAAUAGGACUGCCAUUCAGUGCUUUUCAAGAUAUCAAAGUCAUGUAAAUAAAAAUUUUGUGAAAAGUUUUUGGACUCCUGAAGAAGAUGAUCAUUUAAUAAACAUUGUUAAUUUAUUACGAAUUGACAAUUACAUCCCAUGGAGUAAAGUUUGUUUUUAUAUGGAUGGUCGUAAGCGGCAUCAGAUAAUAAAUAGGUAUGAAAGAAGCAUAUCGAGAGAAGUUAACAGAUCUCCUUGGACCACGCAAGAAGAUGCAAUGCUGAUAGCUUGCAUUAAGAAAUUUGGAUAUCACUGGAGCAAAAUGAGGGAAUUUUUCCCGCAAAGAAGUCUACAUUCCAUGCGAGAAAGGUAUUUUAAUAAUCUAGACCCUGAAUUAAAAAUUGGUGAUUGGUCUAAAGAAGAAGAUCAGAAACUUAUUAGAUUAGUUAAAGAAAUUGGUUAUGGUAAAUGGUCAAAAAUAGCUAAUGAAAUGCCAGGCAGGACUGAUAAUAUGUGUUUGAUGCGAACUAGUCUUUUAAUACAUCAUUCAAAAGGAUUGCAGUUUCAUUCGUCUGAAGAUGAAGAUGAUGAUGAUGAUCCGGACAAAAUUUUGAAAAUUAUAAAACCGGUUGCUCCCACAAAGAAUUGUGUAUUUAAGAACAAUAAACUGAAAACAAUCCAAAAUAAUGCUAUGAAUACACUUUUAAAUGCCAUGAAAAAAUUAUUACCUGAAUUAAGCAAUGGUUUUAAUUUGGAGAAAUUUGAUUUUCCAUCUUUAAGCCUAUAUUUGCUCCGUGGAAUUUACAAAGAAUUAUUUUCUAAUGGACACAAAAAAGAAAAUAUAUGUUGGGAGUCGGAGACGCAGCGCCGCCGCCGAAAAGUUAAGAAAGAAUGUCCAGAAAGUGAUGAUGAGGUUUCCAAGAGCAGGUUUAAGAAUCCUGAAGACAAUGGAGAACAGGGGUCAGAUAGUGAGGAAAUAGAUAAUUUAAUAAAACAAUGUCAAAAAGAAGAAGAAGAAGGCAAACUUGAUCCUGCAAAGCAUAGAUGGUUACGGAAGCUUUUAGAGCAGAAAUUUCGUGAAGCUGCCUCUGUAUCGCUCAGCUUUACGAGGAAAAAAAAUCUAGCAAUGAAUGGACGAGAAACAGCUGAAUGCUCAUUAUACAGAUCUUUUUUAUACAAGAAUUAUCGUUGUUUACGACCUUCUAAGUCUGAUUUAGAUAUAGAAAAUGUUACAUUUAAUGGCAUUGACUACAGUGUUACGUUAGCUGAUGUGGUAUAUCAUUUCGUACAAUCACCUAUAUCAGAAAUUGAGACAAUGAUUCUUUCUCCAAAUGUUAUGACAUUAAAUGCAAUGGAGGUUCUGGAAGCCACUAAACCUCGAAUGGAAAAUAUGUCCAAAUUUGUUGAUCACAGUUUGCCAUACAUCCAGUAUGUUACUGGGGAUGAUGAUAAUUGUUCUAAGUGCCUUUUUUGUCACAGUAUAGAAAAGAAAGAAUCACAAGAACUACAACAGGAGAGGUUUAAAGCAGUUUUAAAAAGCAUGAAGGAGAAUUACAUUGUAGUGGAUGGAGAUUUGGAAAAUGAUGUUGCUUGUGAAACCGCAAGUGAAGAUGCAACAAGUAAAUGCAUAUGUGAUGAACUUGUUAAAUCUAAAGAAGCUGUUACUCUCUUUAUCAAGAGAUUCUUUUCCUUGUUUUUGUGGCCUACACUGUUAUCAGGUGCUGAAAUGAGUCAACAGCAAGAAAACUUGAUCUGUACUGGUGAAAGAUCUAAAUACUUUUGUGGUACAACAUCUAGGUAUUCAAUGAGGUGAGUUAAAUAUUGACAUUCAUGUUAGAUUCUUUUUGUAUGAAAUGUCAUGUUAUGUGAAAUGGUGUUAACUGAAGUUACAAGUACAGUUUAAGUCCAAUAAUCUAGUAUCCUCUAGUUCAAUAAACCUAUUAAUAAGGCAUCCACUUCUCAAUGUUCUACUGUAAUACAAUACUACUAGAAUUCCACUUAGCAAUAUUUAGAAGGACUUGAAGUUACUUCUUAUCUUUUUGUAAUUUCGCUUAGUCCUUUGUUCAUGUUUAUAUUGCUUU